CUCCCGUAAUGCCUGUGACCUUCCAAGUUGCCAAGCACGAUGCGAAUGCUAUUGCGCUUCCUGGCUAUAGACAAGGCCGGUCGCAAGACGCUGUGGAAGAAUUCCUGAAACAAUCCUGCUACAAGCAGUGGAAGGAGAGCGGGGAGAUUCUUCAGUCCUCCGUGACGGACUCUGCGCUCCCAAUAUGAAAUCGGAGAAGAACGGAUUUGUUCUUACGGUCGUUGAAGCCCAUGGAAGGCAUCAUCACCUCAAGAUUCGGCCCGACGACGUUUGGAUCGCAAUCCUUUCACAGCUCAGCUUCUAUGUCAACAAGCACGCCGAUGAGCUGCGAGAAUACUUCGUCGCACACGAGAAAAAGAAGGAGCUUUGGGUCUAUGCAGUCGGGACCCGUUACACCGUUGAUUUUGGGAGAUUGGCCAGACAAAUGUCUGAUCAGAUUCAUCAGCAUGUUGUCGACAAGACCUUGGUCGAAUGGAUUCUCCCUGAUUUUACGACUUCGACGACAAAUGAUACUACGAUCUGCUCCAUUCUCCUCAUGUCAACUCUGCAGGCAUACUUCUCCUAUGGGAUGGGCGUAACCUGUGGCAUUCCUUCGGUUACUCUCGAAGGAGAGAAGGCUGACUGGGAGAGGCUGUACAAGCGUCUUGACCGUCUCCCGGAGCUCGGAGACGAGCCCGAGCAAUGGGCGGCCAUGCUUCGUCCUAUUCUGCGGCGCUUCGUGGAAGCAUUCGAUGGGCAGCCCGACAUACCCUUCUGGGAGCAUGCAGUGAACCGGAACGACAGGAUCUGUGGCCUGGACUUACUAUCGGGGUGGAUCACCGCGUUCUGUGUGUGGGAUCAGGACGGGAAGUGGCUAGCCCGCUAUCGGAGGGCCGGGACUCAGUCUUUGGGAAGCAUCAUGACUCAGGAUAAUUAUACCCUUGACGGCAUUCCUUACUUUCAACUUGAUAUGAAGAACAUCCCGAGUGGAUAUGGCGAUGUCAAUGUCCUGGUCAACGAUAAUGGACAGAAGUUCGACUGCAAAAUGGUUGCGGGUCAUGUUGCGGCGACGAUCUCGAAGUCAAGCAACGAUGGAGCAUACGACACUCUCAGCCCUGCUCCCCAGUGGUUUUUGUAUGUUAAAGGGGAGAAGCCGCGGAGGGGGUAUGAAGAAGAGGAGGCGGAGAUGUUGGAAAGGUCGAUGCGGGAGUUUAAACUCAGGUUUGGCAAGCAUCAAGGGGGCUCAGGAGGUGCAUGAUUCUGCGGAGAGACAUGAUUAUGGAUCAAGUAUGCAAUAUGCUGUGUUGUCCUUUGCUAUCUGCCCUACAGGACGCGAAAUUGG